AUGACUCUAAAUUCAGAGAAUCUUUUUCUAUACAGAGCUAAAUUUAUAAUGAAAGCUCUGGGCUUAUGGGUGCCUACUAAAGAUGAAUCGUUUUUGUAUAAAAUCUAUAGAGUUUUCAUAAUGACAUCGCAAUAUCUGUGUCUAAUCUUUCAAACGAUACACAUCGCUCAAGUUUGGGGCGAUUUGGAAGCAGUUUCACAGGCCUGCUACAUAACGUUCACACAGGCGUGUCUCUGCUUUAAAGUAACAGUGUUUCUGGUGAACAUGGAUUUGUUCAAGCAGCUACUAACACAAAUGAAUGCUGAUAUUUUUAAGCCACAGUCCAUCGAACAUGAGAAGAUACUUUCGUACCACGCAGCACGAAUAAAAAGAUUUCUAUUAGCAUUCAUGUUAACUUCUCAAACGACGUGUGCUCUAUGGGCAUUAAAACCAUUGUUGGAUGAUAAAGGAACUCGCAACUUUCCAUUGGAAAUGUGGAUGCCAGUAACACCCGACAAAUCUCCUCAGUACGAACUGGGUUACUUGAGUCAGUUCUUAACAAUUUCCAUCAGUGCUUUCAUAUACUUCGGCGUGGAUAGUGUUCCAUUCUCAAUGAUCAUCUUUGGUUGCGCACAAAUGGAUAUCGUGAAAAACAAGAUAAUAAGUGUAUCUUCAAUAUAUGACGCCAAAGAGAAUGAACGCAGUAAACUGUCAAGAAAUAAUUACAAAAAGCUAAUUGAAUGCGUACUACAACACCAAGCCGUUGUGUCACUGGCUCAACUCACUGAGAAUGCGUACCAUACAUAUUUAUUUUUUCAAUUAGCCGGUACAAUUGGAAUUUUUUGUAUGUCAGCUCUACGUAUGACAGUGAUCGACUGGCAGAGCACGCAGUUUUUCUCAAUAGCUUCAUACUUGAUCGUGAUGACUUGCCAGUUAUUCAUAUGUUGUUGGAGCGGACACGAAUUGACUGCCAUUAGCGAAGAUCUUCACACAGUUAUGUACAUGUGCAUAUGGUACGAACAAGAUUUGAAAUUUAAACGCGACUUGUGCUUCGCAAUGAUGCGCAUGAGUCGUCCUAUAGUAUUUCGAGCUGGACACUAUGUUAAACUUUCACGGGAAACUUUUAUAGCUAUUCUUCGGAUGUCCUAUUCUUACUUUGCAGUUCUGAACCAAACCAGCAAGAACUAGAAUCUAUAUUUCUAAAAGACGAAGAUGCAAAAGUAGAUGUUAUAGUAGAUAUUUAAUUUUACUGUUUUGUAAUUCGAAAUAAAUACAAUUAUUAUGAAACACA